GCGGCGCGGCCGCGGCCAUGGCGCUGUCGGUGCUGCAGCAGGCGGUGGUGUCGGCGGUGCUGGUGCUCUGCGCGCUCCUCGCCGCGCCCAGGAUGCUCGGGGGAGGCGGCGGCAGGGCCGGCAGGGCUCCGCGGGGCCCCAGGGCCGGCCCCGGCCCUCACGAUCCCCGGGCGCAGCACGGAGGUAGCCCUCAGGCAGUUCAUCAAGUUCACCUGAAUCCAGGAAAUUCCGAGGGAUCAUAACUACCAGAGUAUUCAGCAGAUGAGAAAUGCAAUGGAAAAACAGAUAAAGAGUGAGAGGACAAGAGGAAAUGGUAGAGACUUAGCGUUCACCCUUAUGCCAUUGUAUGCUCUUGGAGUGGGAGUGUUUGCAGCAUACAAAUUCCUAAAGAUGAAGGCACAUGAAGAAAAUCUCGCUAAGAAGGAAAAAAGCACAGAAGACAAAGCAAAGGAAACCGAACAUCAGCUUUUAGAACUGGAGCAGCACCUAGCACAGACAGAGAAAAUGUUAAAUUCUUUAUUGACUCAGUUGGAUCCACUGUCAAACUGCGUCAAUGCUUUAGCUUGUGAGCAGAAAGAUGAAAUAAUGACACAGAUCCAAUCAAUUAGACGACUGAUGAAAGAAAGUGGAUUGGAUAAAUCAGAAAACAAGAUGACAGAUGUCAACCACAUUUGUAAUGAGAAACUUGAAGAUCUCAUUCAGUCAUUUGCGGAACACCCUCAAGAGAAAGAACUAGAUGACAGAGAAGAUGAUGGUAAUGAAGAUUUUCAGGAGGAUGUUGAUGAUGAUUACAAAAUAGAAGAGCAUGAAUUAUAUGAUGAGUGUGAAGUACACCGUUUUGAGCCAGAUGUGGUAGAAGACCAAGAAAUGAUAAACAAAAACGUCAUAGAAUCAGAGAUGGGAUUGAGGAGACGUAAUAGAUAUGAAUGAAAUCUGCAUGUAUAAAAUUUACAAAAGCUAAUGAUUUUGUUUUUCCACAAUGUUGUAUGCACUUUAAACUGUUUCCAAUGAAGCUCCAUGCACUGCUAUAUGCUUUAAAAAGAGGGGUGAAAGCUGCCUGUAUUCUUGUCUGUGAUGGUUCCCUAAGUGUCAUCAAUGGCAGCAAAGUUUCACUGAGGAUGUUUACGUAUUUUUUCUAUUUAUUUUUUCCUAUGAAAAUAUUUCUGUACUCUGUAUAUAAUGCACUGUAAUUAUAUCUGAUGCUUCACUAAAAUGUUGGAAUAUCUUGUAAUUUAGACUAAAGAAUAGGUGCUUUGUAAAUGUUUUAUAACUAGUGAGCUUAGUACCACUUGAACUGUGACUUGAGUUUAUUAAAGAGCAUGCACUGUUGAA